GAGAGAGAGAGAGAGAGAGAGAGAGGACAGAGACUCCAACCUUUCUUCUUGACUGCAACAGCAACUGUAUAGGAAGAGUGAGGAAAUUCUACAGGAGUUCCCAUGACUGGCAGAGCUUCCCAGGGCUGAGCGAGGAUCUCGGAGGAGGAUCUCGGAGGAGACUUCCUGAUGGGGCUGAUGUGCGUGCGGCUCCAGCAGACAGGAAUUCCCACGGGAUCAACUUAAAAACGCUCCGACACCAGGGAUAAAGUGCGGAUUUGAUGCUGAAAGGAAGAGCGAUUUACAGACAAAGAAGACAGGAGUUUUUUCUUACAGACUACGGGUGGACCACAAUGGACCACUUCCUGGGAAUAAACUUCAAAAGGUCUUUUUGCUUCCCUUUUUUUUUGGCCGUUCUCAUUUCUUUCUGUGUAAUUUGUUCCUCGAAUUGAAAGUUCUGCGGGGGUUUUUCUCGCAGGUCAACAUAAAAGGAUUUAGCGAGAGCUGAAUGAGGUCCACUCUUUCUGUCUUUUUUUCUUUUUCCUACCUCCUGCCUCCUCAUCUCCACACCUCCUCUGGAAUCUGAGCAUGGAUUACAGACCACGACAGCGCUGUUGGGAUCAUAAGAGUGGAUACAGUACACCAGAUUCUUCCCAGGGAUCCCUCUCCUGCUAAUGAUCUGGCAUUGGAUUAGAUGGACACACGGGGAGAAGCCUGGGAAUAGUUGCUGAGAUUUGCAGUUUUUUUUCCACACCUGGGCUACUCGCAACAGGGAUCCAUCGCCAUGGCUACUCACUAUGAUUGACUCCAGAGCGUCAGGGAGUGCGAGUUGUGAGAGAGGAGUCGUCGUACCACGCUUUUUAAAUUUGUUUUGUUUUGUUUCGUUGCUGUUGCCGUUGUGCUCGUAGUUCCGCCGCGAGUGCGUCACCUUCUUCACCCUCCGUCCCGGUUGUCGUCGCCAUCAUCUUCCUCAACGCCGGUCUCUGAAAUAUUUAGAGGCUGUGCCAAUGUCUGAUGUCAUUAGCCAUUAAUUGGCACAGCCGCCACAGACAGCAGCAGUCUCAUUUCGGGGGUGGGGGUGGGGCUGGGGUUAUGUGAGAGCUGGGCGCUUAUGCAAUCAAAGGAUUGAAAGCAGAGAGGAGGAAGAAGGAAGGAGGAAGAGGAGGAGGGGAAAGGGGGGGGGGAUUGGGCAGGAGGGUGUUGCCGCCGACAGGUGAAUGUGGGAGGUUGAGAGCUCAAGCAAUGAAACAAUGAACUAGUUUUAUGGAGCGAGAAAUGUUAGAUUACAGUCAGAGCCCUCGCUGUCUUUCUCCCGCUCUGUCUCUCUCAGUUCUGUGUGUGUCUCUCUCUAUAAAACUCCCUCUUUUUAAUCCCUCUCUCUAGAGUCCUGCCUCUCCCUCUCCCUCUCUUUCUCUCUGCACACUCUUUCUUUUUUUGUCCCUUGAUCUCUCCUAUUCUCUUAUUCUUUUCCUCCCCUGGCUCCAUAUUUUAUUCCUCUUCACUCUCUCUUCCCUUCUUUCCUGUCUGCCCUCUUUUGGGAUCUGGUGGCCUGGCAGCGAUAGUGACAGCGUCUGUCUCUUACACACACACACACACACACUCACACACACACACACACACACACACACCUACACACUCUCACACACACACACAACACACACACCACACACUCACACACAGUCAUGUACGCUAUCCAAGUCUAUCUGGUUGAUUUUAAUCUUGGCGGCACCUAAUACUCUCUCUUCAAGCACCUUCCAAAAAAAGUCCCACAAGUCUCUGCCUGUAAAAAGGCCUGUGAGCCUCUCAGAGUCCUCCCCCCCCCCCAGUCCCCUAUGAAGUGCCCAGUCCAUCAGUCUCCAUAGUUACUCAUCUAUGAGUAAUGAUAAUGCCCCCUCCUCUUUCCUCUUGCCGUUCCUUGACCAGAUCAAUAUGUAUCCCCCUUCGAUGGGGAGACAUCUAUUCCAUUCUCAAUAGUUCCCCCACCCCACUGGUGAAGUGUCCUGUCUCGCGGUUAAUGAGGUCAAAUUCCUUCCCGAUCCUCUUUCUUCUUUUUCUUUCUUUCUUUGUUUCUGGACCGUUGAAGGUUCCAGAGUGUCACCUACUGAAGUAAAACUCCCCCCUUCCGCCCGCUUCUUUCUCCUCCUUUCUCCUCCUUUCUCCUUUUUACCUUUUUUUCCUUCUCCCCUGUCACUGGAUCACUAUGGUUCCCCCUCCGCCUGUGAACAAGCCCCAUGUGUGCCUGUCCACAGCCCUGAUCGUGUGCAGCAUGGCGCUGCUGGACGCCUACCUGGUGGAACAGAACCAGGGCCCGCGCAAGGUGGGUGUCUGCAUCAUGGUCCUGGUCGGGGACGUGUGCUUCCUGAUCGCGCUGCGCUACGUGGCCGUGUGGGUCGGCGCCGAGGUGCGCACGGCGAAACGCGGCUAUGCCAUGAUCCUCUGGUUCUUUUACGUCUUCGUGCUCGAGAUCAAGGUCUACUUCGUCUACCAGAACUACAAGGCCAGAACGGCCUCGGGCUCCGAUCUGGGCCCGGGAGUAGGGGCCGGGAGUGGGAGCAACAGCAGCGGCGGCGGCGGGGGCGGCCUCGUCAUCAUCACGGACACCUUGGGUCGCAAGGCGCUGACGCUCCUCCUGUCGGUGUGCAUGCCGGUCCUCUACGUGGUGCUGGCGGCCAUCGACCACAUGGAGUACGUGCGCCCGGUCAAGAAGCGCGAGGAGAUCCGCAGCCGCCUCUUCUGGGUGGUGGUGGACCUGCUGGACGUGCUGGACGUCCAGGCCAACCUGUGGGAGCCGCAGCGGCGCGGGCUGCCGCUCUGGGUGGAGGGCCUGACCUUCUUCUACUGCUACAUCCUGCUGCUGGUGCUGCCCUGCGUGUCGCUGAGCGAGAUCAGCAUGCAGGGCGUUAACAUCACGCCGCAUAAGAUGCUGCUGUACCCCAUCACGAGCCUGGUGACGAUUAACGUGGUGACGCUGUUUAUCCGGGGCGGGAACAUGCUGCUGUACCGGGACACGCGGGUGUCGAGCGUGCUGGUGGGCAAGAACGUGGUGGCCAUCGCGCUCAAGACCUGCACCUUCGUGCAGUACCGGAGGCACCUGCAGGGGGCGACGAUGGCGACCGGGGCGAGCGGUGUCGUCCGCGUGUCAACGUCGCUGGCCGGCGAGCUGCAGAAGCACAACGUCGUGGUGACGCACGCCGCCGCCGGCACGCCCAACGUCAGGAGCGUGAGUGCCAUGAGCGUGCCCGUGACACUGAGCGUGCCCAUGUCCAUGCCCAUGGCGGGGGUGCCCGUGGCGGGGGUGCCCCCUAUGCUGUCGCAGGUGAUGAUCAAGGACCUGACCACCCUGCCUGAGGAGAGCGAGGGGGAGGACACGUGACGCAUGGGCAUGGACCUCCUGGAGGGGGACCAAUGACCUUGAAGAGUUCACGCCCUGGGGAUGCGACACGACCCCGCCUUGACCCCGCUGUUAAACACAGGAUCCAGCAUGGAAUUUGGAAUAUGGCGUUCUAGAACACCGUCAGCUUUCAUUUAGGCUGUGUUCUGCAUGGAUGCAUAUAGGAUCCUUGAUGAGGCUGAAAUGCAGAGCACGUGUGGAUAUGAUGUUGCUCCAAAACAUGGAUUGUGGCAUUGAAAAUACAAAAUACAUCAUGUUCUUAUUAAGAACAUUGUGCAAAGGAAUGGUCAUGAGGAAUGUACAGACAAAAUAUUGUGUAGUGGAUAAGUGCAAAUACAUGAUGUACGUGGGUGAAAACUAAGAAUGUCUGGGUUCUAUAGGUGUUGUCUUGAACAUGUUUGCCUUAAUGUUGGAGGAGAAAGCUAUUGGACAAGCUGAUUGUUAUGGUUAUUGUAACCAAAAAAUAAGUGGAACUGAUCUUGUAAUUGUGUGGUGCAGUUUUCUUUUCUUGUAUGUUAUGUUCUAACCGCUGGAAUGCACAAUGGACCACACAUAUUAUAUAUUCCAUUUGAACUCCAUGAUUUAAAAAAAAAAAAAAAAAAGACACUUGCAAGAAGGCAAGUAUUUUUUCCUGACAGAAAGUCUAUCAACCUUUUGAGAGGCAAACGUGUCAAACCCUUAAGUCUUGCCACUCGAGGAUAUAAGAGCUCCACAUCAUAGCACCAUAAAAGAACCUUCAUCCUUAUCCCUAUGGGCAACAAAGCAUGAGUUCCUAUUCGGAAUCUUCACAGGCACUGCUGCAGUGACUGACCUGUUGGCAGGAAGGUUCUUGUUUUGGCGGUAGCUCUGACAAAGCGAAAGAGGACAGGGGCCCGGUGUAUUUUAGGACACGAGUGUCCCUGGACGGGUACAGUCAGCAGACGUGCCCCUGACAUGGGGGGGUGUCUGGUGUGACACUGUGGAAACUGAGGAUGGGCACAGAGGAUGGAUUAUUUCAAAGGAGAGAGGGCAAAAGGGAGAAAGAGAGAGGAAGAAAAAAAAGAGGAGUCUAUUUUUAAAUGCCUGCAGUAUACACUAAACGCCUGAUAGAGCUAAAGGAAAAAGAGUGCAAAAGUGCAGGACAUUAUAUACUGUGGGGCGAGACAAAACAAUGCACAUAUUUAUUUUUUAAUCAAAAAACUGUGUUGAUCAAGUGUUGUGUGAACUGCUUUGUUACCAGAAAUAGCAGUCUAGUGUUUGUAACAGAUGGUUUGUUUUCUUGCAUUCUGCUUUUCUUGUUGUGUAACUACUGGUCAGUGUGUCUGUGAUGGAUUGCAUUUCAAAUGGCUGUUUCUAAUGAAGGGAUUAUGCUGGGUUAAAACUUGAA